AUGUUGGAUGUUGUCAGAGUAACCCGAAAAUCCAGUGUGGCUGUUUGCAAGCGUGUUCGUCUGGCAGACUCCAGGGUAGGGUGGUGGAAGGUUGUAGGAGAAGGACCGGUUUCAAAAGGUAGAGGUACGAUUGAAUGCAACUUCAGUGCAGGAACCCCCCACUCCUCCCCGCACGACCCUAGUCGGCAUUUUUUCCCCCAGCUUUUUGCGGAAGGGAAACAGGGAACAGGUUCCCAGGAGGUCUGGGAGGAGCUAGGAUUUCUGCCCCACCAGCAUCGCCUCCGACCUCCCAGUCCUGGGCACGACUCUUGGACAGCCAGACACCUUGCCCUGCUUGGCCGGGGCACGGGGCGCUCCCCGGGACACUGCUCCCAUCCCCACCUUCCCCCCACUCCCAGGGAAGGCGUGAGGAGUGAGGUGGGAAGGGAGGGCGGGGCGGGGGCUGAGCCACGUCUGGAAGGGAGCCAAGUUCCCAGGCGCAAGCCAACCUCGUCUGGAGAGCGAGCGGGGCGGUCCGGCUGGCUGGCUGGGGCCGGGGGGGGCGGGUGGGUGCGUGCGGAGCCGCCUUUUCCGCUGGGUGUCACUCUGGGGCGGGAGGGGUGGCUCAUUCAAAAGCGCCGGGAGGGGGCAGCGCCACUCGUCUCCAGUGAGCGGCCAGCUAGGGAGGGAGGGCAGGCAGCCGGCAGCCGGCAGCAGGCAGGAGCCGAGACCAGGCAGGACCCCAGGACGCGGCUCCCCGCCGCCCGAGCCGCCCUGCCCUGCGUCCUCCUGCUCAGCCUCCUCUACCCUCUCCGCUUGGGCGGCCGCGAGAGCCGCUGGGGGGAGGACAGCGCCCGCCUGCUGCUGCUGCCCCCGGCGCCGGCGGCUACGAGGCGAGGAGGACGGGGAGGACGGGGAGGAGGAGAGGCAGGCAGGAGGAGCAGGGGCGGCGGAGGCGGCGGCGGCCACCCCUAUGCCGAGAGGAUGCUGGAGAGCGGCGGCUGCAAAGCGCUGAAGGAGGGGGUGCUGGAGAAGCGCAGCGACGGGCUGCUGCAGCUGUGGAAGAAGAAAUGCUGCAUCCUCACCGAGGAGGGGCUGCUGCUCAUCCCCCCCAAGCAGCUGCAACAGCAGCAGCAACAGCAGCAGCAGGCGGCCGCGGCGGAGCAGCCCCAGCCGAGCCCCCCGGCCGCAGCCGUCUCCGGCCUCGAGCCGCCCGCCAAGCUCAAGGAGCUGCAUUUCUCCAACAUGAAGACGGUGGACUGCGUGGAGCGCAAGGGCAAGUACAUGUACUUCACCGUAGUCAUGGCCGAGGGCAAAGAGAUCGACUUUCGGUGCCCGCAGGACCAGGGCUGGAACGCGGAGAUCACUCUGCAGAUGGUGCAAUACAAGAACCGCCAGGCCAUCCUGGCCGUGAAGUCCACCCGGCAGAAACAGCAGCACCUAGUGCAACAGCAGCAGCAGCAGCAGCUCCCGCGGGACCCGCACCCGCACCAGCACCCGCACCCGCAUCCGCACCCGCACCCACAGCCCCCUCAGCAGCAGCAGCAGCAGCAGCCGCAGCAGCCACCUCCGCCGCCGCAGCAGCAGCAGCCCGUCCACCGCCUCCUUCGCAGCACGUCCAACUCCGCCUGAAAGGGUAGAGGGCAGUUCCCCCCUCACCCAAGCCAGAACAGGUUGAAUGAAAGAACUCUUCGGAAAGUUGGGAAGAACACAUUUCUGUUGUCUUCAGUUAAUCGGGAAACUAAAGAAACACCUCCCCUGGACCCCAACUAGACUCGAGUAUCUUGGACCUCACCUUUGUGGUAACCUGUGACGCCCCCCUCCCAAUUAGUUUUCUGCACAGGCCUCAUCAUGAUGCAGGAAAGAAUUUCGAGUCAAGAAGACUUUGACUUAUUUAUGAACCUUGGAAAGGCUCUUCUAGAAUGGAGAGACUUCUAGGAGAGAUGAUGUACUGUAAUUUUAUUUUAAUGUAUUUUAAUUUGCAAUUAUUUAUUAGUUUUUUUAAAUGCUUGUUCUCAGACAUUUCUGAAUGUAGGCCAUUUUCCAGAAAUGAAACAAUUUUUUAAACCCCAUUUGUUAAUGAUAAUAAGCCCUGAUCCUUGGAGAUGUGGGAAGGGGAAGGGGAAAAGGACAGGAAGAGACACUGAGAAUCAAUCCACUUAUUUAUUUCAAGAUCUUAAUAAGAGUAUUAUUUGUGACCCAUGGUUUGUCAUGCCAAGGUGGCUGGACAAAAUGUUAUGAUGUUUAAGUUUUUUUUUAUUUGAUUUUCCCCUAGAGCUAUAUUUUGGGUAGAAAUUCAUUAAAAGCAAUUAAAUGUUAAGAAUUGUGUAUUUAUGAGAAUCUAAUAUUCUAGAUACAGCUUCUCUGAAAGGGGAACAAAAAGAUAUUGAAACUUGGUUUCAAAAUAUUUAUUUAAAAAAGCAACCAGCUGUUUCGAAGAAUUAUCAGAUUUCUCUUUCAACCCUGUGGGGCUGGGAGUGGGCCAGAAACAAAAUGUCACUAUGUGAAAAACUUUAGCUAUUACCUAAAUUUUGGUUUGUUUUGUAUAUUAACUUAAAAAAUAUGUGCUUAGUUAAAUUAUUUCGAAAAGAAAACAGGAAAGAGGACGCUUACUUUGGUUCAAGUUUUCGACCCCUUCUGACUAUGAUCUUUCUCCAAGUCUCUUGUUUGACUUGAAUUUAAUUUUCUGACCUUUUUUGCAUUGAUGUUUGAAGAAUUCUUCAUUCUAAAGUCCAGGUUGUAAAUAUUUGAAAGAAUUCAAACAUUGAUCACUUUAGUUCUUGUAGUGAAAAUGCAUUGCUUAGAGAAACCUACAAAUGUUUUGCUUUGUACAUCUGCCAGAUUGUGAAAAGUUAUUGGGGUGUGGGUUCUUGGUAUUCAGUUAACAAAACCCUGAAAUUAGAACAAGUAGGGGGAUAGGUGAGUAGGAGAGAGAGAGAGAGAGAGAGAGAGAGAGAGAGAGAGAGAGAGAGGGAGAGAGAUGCAUGGAUGUGCCAGUUCCAUUUAAGGUCCUGAAACCUCACAGACCUUUCUUAAAAGGUAGAAGAAAUACUUCAGUGUAAGGAGAAAAGGAUGGUAAGAACCUGCACAGGGCAGAGUCUAAUUUUUUUUAAGCCUUUAGAUGUCAAUCACUUCCUUAUCUACAGAACUAUCAGUUGUUUUAAAUUCUUUAGCCCGAGGUAGACUUUUCAUCACUCUUUGAGGACUAGUGGGCAUUUGGCCAAUUUGUAAGGUAUAGAUACCAAUUUCUUUUUCUCUAACCCUUGUACUAGUAGUUUCAAGGUCCAAUCACUUUUGAGGGGUAAAACUUAAAUUGAUAAAAGUAUCAAAGUUUGGAAACCUUCUUUAAAAAAAAAAAAAAAGAAAACUCCAACAACCCUAAAAUCAACCCUAAAACUCUUUAAUUAACUUGCAUCUCUCUGAUUGUGACUGGAAGCUAUGUUGUAGAUUGCUGAAUAGCCAAAAAAAAGGCCUUGCUUGAGUCAGAGCAGUUGUCAAAAUCUACUUUACUCACUGUUAAUCUUUGUGGAAAAAGAAAAGUAAGCUUUCCUACUUUUAAAUAAGGAUUUCCCUAAAGUCGUUGUGACAUAGCAUCCCUAUGAAAACCAUCAGUUUUUCAAGUAAAUUCAUCUCCCUGUUCAGAAUCCUAUGGCUCUGAAAAGGGACCCUGAAGGUUGUCAAGUCCAACCUCCUUUCCCGUGUAGAGAACUACUUAAUAACAGGUCUUAAAGGAGAUUUCCCAUCUACCGUUUGAGCAACACUUCAGUGAUGGGAGAACUCACUAGCUAGCAAAGCAGCCCUUUUAAAUUUCGUAGGGCGAAUUCCAUAUUCUAUGGGUAAGAUAUGUACCAGGUGUCUAAGAUGGAUGUGCUUUUUAAAAAAAUGCAUAUAAAUCCCUUAAAAAAAACAGAAAUGGGUCCUAUAAUGGGGAAAACACCACUUCUGAUGUCCUUUCUUUGCAUCCUAGAUUGAGAACUGGAAGGGACCUUAGAGGUCAUUGAGUAUAGCCCUUUCAAUUUACAGAUGAGAAAACAGGCUUGGAUGGGUUAAGUAAUCUGUCCAAGUCACAUAGCUGGUGUCAGAGGCAGUACUUGAACCCCAUAUCUUCUGGACUACUAGCCUGGCAUUUAUCCACUCUGCUUUGUUUAUAUGCCUCAUCAGAGUUGCUAUAUCCGGUUUGUUCUUGAUGGAAGUCCAGAGGGUCUCAUUAAUACCUUGCCCAUCAACCCUUCAGGCAUGUUUUUGUGUGCCUGGCUGUUUACUGUAACACUAGCUGUGAGUGGUGUCAUCCGGGUUCGAUUCCCUGGUUAAAUUUAAAAUAUCAUAGAUUAUAGAAUUUAAAGUUCAGGCUUUAGAGAUCACCUACUCCAGCCCCCUUAAAACAAGUUCCCAGUCAUACGGUGGGAGAGGUAGGAAAGCUAAUGACUCAUAAUGUUUGUUAAAAUAAAUGAGGUGAUAAUAGACUGUAUUGACCUGGGUCUUUCUGGUUUGCAAAAUGCUUCACAUUCGCUGGUGAAGUAGGUAGAGGGCCACUCCUCCCAUUUUACAGCCAAGGGAAGUGAGACUCAGAGGUGGUGGUUGCCUGAAGCUGAGAUUCCAUCUCAGGUCUUCUCACUCCAGUAGAGUGUUUCUGUCAAUCCCUUGACUUACAAUGAAUUGCCUCUUAAAAGCUGAUGGCUACUCAGGUGCUGCAUGCAUGACACAUUGGAAAGAUCUCUCACUUUGGAGCCAGGUGAUCUGGGUUUCAUUCUUGGCUCUUCCAGGUGCCACCAAGGGCACCUGGAACAAAAUCACUUCUCUUCAGUUUCUGCAGCUGUAAGAUGAGGUUGCACUAAGUGACCUCUCAUGUCACUUUCCAAAUCUAUCCUAUGCCUAGAAAUGUUGUUUAAAAGAAAUUUUUUUUCAAAAGAGCUAGAUUGCUUUAAAAAAUGUUUUCAUUGUUUUACUUUAAUAUGUUUGGCUAGGGGGCAAUGCAAAGGAUCUGCUAAAAGCACAAUGCAACAGUUUCCUUCCAAGAUAAUUUCUCUCUGUAGCUCUAUAUGCUUACUUAUAAAAUAAAGAUAAUAAUGCCUGCCCCUUACUAGCCUCUCAAGGUCUUUUGAGGACCAAGAAAACAGUCAGUCUCAUGGAGAAAGGUAACAUUCCCCCUUUAAGAUAAUAAACGAAGGAGAAUGUGUAUUGAAAAAUCCAUUCCUGGACUGGUGAGAAAUGUGGGCAUUUGGAAGGCAAAUGAAAAGGAACUUGUGAAUCUUGACUUUUGCUCCCUGAGUGCUCCCUGAGUACCUGGUAGGGGCUCAGAUAUUUGUUGAAUAAACACUGGCUGCUGCCCAGCACCCCAGAAAUAUUUGAAUAUGUUGUCUUGCCUCACUUUUCCACUGUCCUUCACCCCCUCACUCAUUUUGGCCAAACUAACAUCUAAGGCCAUGAUGGGCAGACAACAUGUCAACUUUAAACAUCACUCUCAUAACAGAGGCCUAUGCUUCACAGAUAGUCAUAAGGAACCUUAGCAAAAUGCGUAAUUUCUUGAUAGGCCUUGCUAGCUUCCAUCCUGAUAUUCCCAGGUGGGCCUGAUACUUGGCUUUCAUAUAGUUAUUAUUAUUUUUAGUGAGAAAUAGCUCUUAAGAAGUUCCAGGAAAAUUGUCAGGAGGUGUAUGAAACAAACUUUGAAAUACCUGAUUCUGGCUCUUUCCAUUUGUACCUCAACUUAACAGACCAGUAAAUUAAGGACAGAAUUGGUUGUCAUUUGAACCUCAGAUCCAAGCACUUAGCACGAUGCAUGGCACAUAUAUAUAGUGCGUUCUUAAUACUUAUUGACUUCAUGCCUUGGAAUUCACAGCUUACACCAAACACCCUGAAUUUUACUUAAAAGAUUUGCAAUGUUAAAACUGUAUACUUGGGCAACUAGUUUACUGUGUGCUCACCAUUAUCAAAAGCUUCUUGGUUUUCCUCCUUCCCUCCUGAUGGUUUCUUUGCUGCAAGUGUGCACAUCAUUUCUUUUUCUUUUCUUUUUUACUUUUUGAAACAGUGUGGAAGAGGGGUAAAGACUUAUAUCAGUCUGGAGUAUGGCCUUUCGAAGAGGCCUGCUCACCCAGCUAGUAUCAGGAACUGGCCUCUACUAUUAUCACUUAAGCUUAUCUCCGGAGCGUUCCAUUUGUUGUUUUCUCAGUGGUCACGCUAAAGCUUUAAUCUCUUGACCAAUAAAAAUAUCCCAAGUAUAAUGUCAAUUAGCUGCAUGACUUUCAACUCUUAAAUUAAGAGUUUUGUGAUUUGGUUUUAUGAUGUUCUCUAGAGGGGAAUAAAUCCAUUCUUCUAAUUCCAAACAAUGUAUGAUAUCACAAUGGUUGAAAAUGACUUUAUUAUUUUUUUGAGAGGGAUCUUUUGUUUCCCUCCCAGAUAGUUUCCCUGGAGUCCCUUUGGGUCUUUCUUUCUACACAUUUUUUCCUUUUUUCUGAACAACAGCUUCCAGAGUUAAUUUUUCACCAGUGGUGUCAACUGCCACAAACUUAUAGAAAGUAGUGAAAUGACCUACUCAUUUGUUGGGAAUGUUGCUUAACAGAACACAGAGUCCAGGAUUCAACAGUUUUUCCUGGAAAAGAAUAGGAAAGGCUAUUUAAUGAGAGCCCAGUAUCCUUAGUAACAUCUUUACAGUAGUUGAUAAAAGAUGAUAACCAAUGUUUUGAACUGAAACCUGUGAUGAAGCAAUGUAGGGGAAAGAAGCAGGUUUUGGUAACAGGAGGCCUCCUGAGAUUUAAUAUUGAUUUUCCAGAGGCAAGAUGGUUUACAAAUCCUUUGCCUGUUGCAUUCUUCAGUAAUCCCUUUUCUUUAAGGUUCAUAACAUGCAACUGCUGGUUUCUGAAAAGUGGAAGGUGCCACAAUGUACCAAAAGUUUUCUAGCGUAUCAUCCUUGUGAACUGACUAGUGUUAUUAUUUUAGUGUAAAUAGGACAUUUCUGAGAGAUGUGAUUUAUUUUUCAUAUUUUUUCAAUAUACAUUCCAUUUCCAAUAAAGAGCUAUCUACUGAAAUGAC